AGCCGGCUGCUGGGGUGAAGGCUGAGAGGAGCCCGUGAGCGCGGAGAGGUGAGAGGAGUUGCGGUGGAGGGGGGCCCGGGGGCGGUCCGGCAGGGGGGGCAGGGCUGGUGCAGCCGUGGUGCCGGCGGCAGAGAGAGGACGGCGCGGGGCGAAGCGGGCGGCUGCCGUCGGGCUGCUCUCCGGGGCGGUUUAUGAUGGAACUCACAUCUUUGCCUAAAUUCCUUUGGACAAGUGACAACAAAUUUCUGCAUCACCAUUUCCCGGAUAUACUGGCUACUGUUCACACCACACAAGACAUUCCUGAAGAAGCUGUUUUUGGCCCAUGCAUGCUGCAGAACACCCUGCUGGACACUGUAGCUUUUAUUGCCCUCAAGUGUUCUGAUAGACGGACCAUCCACUAUGUGUUUAAGGUAGAUGUCACGUCUGUGCACAGUCCUACAGGGCUGCCUUGGAUGAGGCUCGUACAAGCAGCUGCCAAUAGCAAGGAGCAGAACUUGGAAGCUUACUUAGAAAACAGUCAGUUAUAUUAUCGCUCAACCAGGAAAAUCAACAAAAAUGAGGAGCUGCUUGUCUGGUAUGAUGAAGAGCUUUCCAGACUCUUGGGUUUCAAUGAGAUAAAAGCUCAGAGUCCCCAGAAUGAGAUGAGGUGCCAAGAAUGCAACCGAGUCUUUAAAUGUGAGCAUUCCUAUCUGUCCCAUGUCCGCUUCCUGUGCGUCCCAGAGAAGAGUGCCCUGCUAUGGAGGAACUUCCAGGCUGAAAAAGGCACCUUAGUGGAGCAGACCACAAAUUUCCACAGCCUGGCAAAGGAUCUAGAGGUCAAAAUGACAGCUCGCAAAGAUGAUGCCUAUGGUCUCACUGGAGAAAAGAGAGCAAAAUCAGAAGAGGCUGAGAACAACAGGAGCAGGAAAACAGUGCUGUUGGAGAAAACAAAUAAUCUGAAUGAGGAACAUAACUGUGGGGGCAAGGAAGAGUCUGGAGGAGAGCAUACACCAGGUGGUUCUUUCUGGAAGUCGAGUUCAGGGAGACAGUCAGCUAGGAAGGAGGCUUUCGAGCAGAAGCAGAGUGCUUUCACUGAGGUCAGAAGGAUGAAGGAGAAGCUGAGGAAUGAGAGGCCCAAGGAAUCAGACCAGGAGGAUGGCACGGCUCCUUCUGGUAAGGAACAGGUAUCAAAGGAAGUGUUGCUGAACUCGUCUGGUAGUGCAUUCUCCUUUGUGUGGCCUACAAGAGGCCGAGGAGAGCAAAAGAGUGCUUUCAGCAAGCCCAGUAAAUGUCUUGCAGAAAGAGCGGCAAUAAAUUCUUCUCAUCCCAUGAGUGAGUCACCAAAGAGCCUGGGGGAGCUGUCUGGCUUCAUCGCCACCACAGACAUCAUGUCCUGCAGCACUCUUCUCAAUUCCAAGUUCUUUGUCAGUGAUUUGUGUAAUGCUCAGAUGCUGCAGACUAGCAUCAUUCGGGGCAAUGUUUUCCCAUAUACCUCAGAACCGUGGCACAAGCAAGCAGGACAGUUACAGAAUACGACCUCUACUUCUUCCUCCACCUCCUCCUCCUCCUCCUUGACUCUUCUUCCCCCCACCUUCACGUCCUUUGGAGUGGCUGCCCAGAACUGGUGUGCCAAAUGCAACCUGUCCUUCCGCAUGACUUCUGAUUUAGUCUUCCACAUGCGGUCACAUCACAAAAAAGAAUACUCCUCAACUGAAUGCCAGAGCAAGAGGAGACGGGAGGAGAAGCUCACAUGUCCCAUUUGUCAUGAGUACUUCCGAGAACGCCAUCAUUUAUCCCGGCACAUGACCUCUCACAAUUAGAGCUGUGCAGAUGGAUCUCACCAAGGGACUGAGCAGGUUGGGUGAAGUAGGGGAACAUCAUUCACUUCUAUCCAUUUCUUUUUUGUGUUUACAUUAAUUUCUUACAGAAAAUCACUGUUGACAGUAAUUUAUGAUAGAUGUUUGCAAAAAAAAAUAUAAAAUGUUUACAAAAUUCUGAGUGGGUUGUAAGUUUUGGAAACUCAACCUGGCCCUUGUCCGUCUAUUUUUGAGGAAAUAAAACUGUGAAAUGAAUGCACGCACAGUAUUAAUUUGCAAAGUCUGGGGACAAAGGUAUCAUUUUGCAGACAAAAUUUGCUUUGCUUGUAUUUGAUUUGCUGGCAUCUGCGCUGUACAAUGUAAAUACAGAAGCAGCAACCUCUUCACUGAAUGUGGAAUCUUUAAAUCUACAUGCUUGUAUGCAAAAAGAAAGUUACUGUUAGUAUCAGCUAUGGUGGCCUCUUCCUCAGUCUGAGCUGUGUUCUAGGCUCUACCACUUAUGAAAUAACGUAUAUAAAAUCAGAUUGGUCUGCAUCUGCAUCAAAAUAUGAGCUGUAUUCAGACAGUCAUUUAAGGAAGGGAGCACAGAUUCUUCCCAGAGGUGGCCUUGCAAGAUCUAUGUGACUUCUGUAGGAAUGCAGGUCUGAUAGGGGCAGGGUUACACUUGUGGAUUUCAAUUUAUGGAUAUACUAAAGAAGGUAGCUGGGGUGUCUGAGUUACUGCUAGCAAAUGCUAGAUAGAACCUGUGUUCUGCAUCCUGGCUGGUAGGUUCUGUUCUGCUGACAGCUAGAAGAGGAAUGUCCUUCACAAAAUGACACAGACGUUCAUGAAUUGCACUGGAUGAGACCAUUUCUAUCAUCUGGUUUCUACAUUGGCUAAUUCCAGAUGUUUUAAAGAAGAUGCCAAAGCCUCUCUGUAGCCAGUCCAUAUGAGACGUUUUUCUGUUUCCUCUUUUGGUUUGUGUUCUGCUUAGUCUCAGAUGCAGAUGAGUUUAUAUUACUUGGGGGGGGGGGUAUUGGGGGAGGGGGUUGUGGAAGAAAGCAGCAGCCCUGCCUGUUGUUACUGCAGCUCAUCAAAUUAGCCUUUCAUUACUUCUUAAAUCAACUUAGGGACUUACUCUUGAUAGUUUAAGACAACAUGUUCUUCAAGUGAGCAUUUGUCUCUUUCAUAUGGUAUUUUUUUUAAGGUUGUCUCUGUGUUUUGUGGCCUGUCUCUGUGCCUCAUGUGCUAUUAUUCCCUUUCAGAUAAUGAUCAGAAACUGUUUAUCUCACAGGUAAAAGUGCCCCUGGGAUUUGUAUAGGAGAUAGCAAUAUGCUCCUUAUUACUCUCCAUCGUGCCAAUGAUACAGUCCAGUGUUUGCAGCACACUGGACAGAAGUUUCCAUUGAGUUUCCAUGAUGAUGCCUAGGUUGAUAAUGCGAGUAUCAGACAGCAAGUAAAGGCAUCUGAGUGACAAAAGACAGCCCUAAAGCGUUAAGUUGUCAGUUGGGAUCAACAUAUUACCCUCAUGAUCACCUCUUGGAAGAUUUCUGUAAGUCAGGAAACUGUAUUCUUCCCAGUAUACUGCUGUUCAACAUUAAUACAUGGCCGUUCCCUAUAAGCAUAAACAUUUGACAUACUGUAGGCCAACCACUAGCUGUACACUCCAGCUUUAUUUCCCAACAUAAAGAGAUUAAAUCUUUACACUAUGUCUUUGAAUUCAGAAGACAUAAAUUGAGACUGGAGGUCUGGUUGGAUUAUAAUACAGCUUUCCAUGUUAGUGGUGGAAGCUCUUUUACUGGAGUCAUUAAAAACCAAAGGGAACAAAAGCUUUGAAACAUGUAGCAUGGGGAACAACCUUGCACUGAGUAGAUGAUGUGGUUUCCUCCUAAUCUUUCAAUCUCUAUUUUGUGUCCAAUAACAUUUACUGUGUAAGGAAUAUAUUUAUGGCAAGGUUUCGCAGGCCAAAUUUCACUCCAUCUGGUUUUGUCUGGGUGCCAGCCAGUUUACUGUGAAGUCAGUGUCCAUAAAGUGUAAUAAAGGACUCCAUGGUGUAACUACAUUCAUAUGUGGUUAGGGUUAUAGUUCCCAUUAGUAGUUGAGGCCAGAUUGUGAUCUCACUUAUUCCAGUGCAAAUCUAGAAUAAUUCCAUGUUGCUAUUCCUGAUUUACAUCAAUGACUUUCAGAUCAGUCUUGUCAUGUAUAAAUAAGACUCAAUGUUGUUUGGUACCACUGCUGCCAAAUAUUCUCCUCUCUGCUUACUGAAAGAUACUGUACUUUAUUAACAGUUGUAUGUUAGAAACUUUAGAGUUCUUCUGGAAAAAGACAGGAUCAGCUGUGUAAUGCUUCCUGGUCUUAUGCUGGUGUAUUGCUUCAGCACUGUCUACUCCAAGGGCCUGUUUUUUUCCAGUGCGCUGCACCUAGGUCAGAAUGAAGCUGUACCAGACCUAACUGGUUGCAUGCUUUCACUGACUUUUGGUUGAUAUAAGUCAUCUUGAGAAAGCAUGGAAAAUUGGCCCCUGAUAAAAAGCUGCCGAGUCUUCAAACCUCAUCCAACAGUGUAUUAGACCUGCAUCAUCAGAACUCUCAGCAGUAAUUGUACUUCUUCAUUCUGCUUAUGGCAUGAGGCUUAUGGAAAUAGCAAGACUACAGAAAGAGAGCCUUUCUGUAUCUCAUGAAGCUUACUUCUUUGCUGAAAAAAUAAAUGAAAGAAAACUACCCAGCUUCUUUGUAGACUCAGCACAUCCUACAUUGAUGACAAAUAUCUAAAGAAAUGCUUUCUGUACAUAGAAAAGCAAGACAGUUAUGAAGCGUGCCAAAGUUGAUUUGAAAUAAAAAAAAUGAAGAGGGUAGGUGUUUAAUCAGCUUUCCUUCUCAUUCCAUCCUCACCUCCUCCAGUUGCAGGAGCAGCACCGUUUGGUACUAGCAUGUAAAGGCAGAGAUUUUCCUAUUGCAUACCAGAAACCCCACUGUGGGGAAGCGUUUGCUAUUCUGCCUUGUCCCUUUCAGACUAGCACAAAGACUGAGUGAAAGCAAAUUGCUUUUUACACUGAAGUCUAAAGCGUUUUGUGAAGUAAGAUCUGUUUAUACACACCACUGUCCAACAUCACAUUCUGUUGCAAGCUACAUCUGUGCCAACAUAAGAGCAAAAUAGCACAGAUGUCAACAGAACCAGAACUUGAUUUCCUAUGUGUAAAAUACACUUCUGUGCAAAGCCCCUCAUGCAGUUGGGGUGAUGUCUUCUAUGUGUUUCAUAUUUAACUGAUUGUCUCAUUUAACUCGGGUUAUAUAAACUGUUGGGCUUCUUCAAGAUAUUGGGAGAUUUUAUUUCUUUAUGUGAAAAUAUUCAUAUUAAAGCUGAGUGAACCAAGGCAGCAGAGGCAGAACGAAGCCUAAUGAGAUGAAGAAAAAGAAGCAUCUUGUAAUCAGGUCAUGCUGGAAGGUUUUUCUUAUGCCUAGAAGUCUGAACAUUCAAAUUGGUAUAGAUGAAAGGAAACCCUGCUGAAGAAAAGGCACUCCACUAGAGCAGGGUGUUCUUGAAUAAAUGCAGGGACUUGGGGAGUUAAUGAAGGUAAUCCUUCAGUCUCUCAGUGCAGUGCUGUGAUUUGACAGCAGGGAUCUGUAUGUUUUCUACAACUAGAGAUAUUUUGAGGAAAAAAAUAACAUUUUUCACUAAUUUCUUAGAUACAGUCUAUGAAUUCUCUACAGUCUACAGUUUGAAAACUGGGCUAGGGGAGGUUCUGUGGUGUGAUCAGUGGGGUCUGCAUUAGAAGGACUGUCCAGAGAGCAAGAACGCACCACUUGGUAGUGCAAAAAUGUAUAGUCUGCCUGUCAAUUCUUGGUCAGAGUCCUGUGAACUCUAAAAAGAGGUGGAUCAUACAGCUAGGAGGCCUGAUAUACUCAUUUAUUUCUUACCUCCUUUGAAAGGAACAUUAGCGGAAUUAACCAUUAGAAAGUUGUUCUAGAAUGGAUGGUAGGAAAUGGUACUACAAACUCUUGAACUUCCAUCUCAGCUCUGGAACCAGAAGAGAGAAGAGUGGUGGUUUCAGUGUGUUUCCUAUUGUAUAAAAAGCUGGAAGAGCACUUCAGAAUUCAUUCAGUCCAUUUCUAAGGCAACCUCUGUCUAACCUCCUAAUUUAAACCACAGACUAUCUAUUCUCUAUAACUGAUUUCAUUCAUAGUUUGAUGAUGUUCUAGCCUUUCAAUGCAGUGUAAUUUUCUAUACAAUUACUUUCUAUUGCAGGAAUAUUACAGCAUUAUUUAUAUCAAAUGGAGUCACCAGAAAAUGCAUUUUCUUUUCUUGUUUUCCCAACUAGAUUCCAAUCGUUAAACCUUUAUUGUUCAUGAGUACUUAUCAUAUUACUUUGUCAAAGAAAUGAUUUCCUAUUUGUGCCCAUAUGGUAUAGUAUUUGGUCUCUGAAUGAAUGACUACAGUUUAUAAAUGUUGCAUUUGAGAACCACAAUUGUUUGUAUAUGACAGCACAACAGAUUGUGUUGAGGAAAAAAGAAGUAUAUCUGGUUCAUUUAGAUUAUUAAAGAAGCUUAAAAGACAUUAGAAA